AUGUCUCAUCCAGGUGUACCCCACGAUGUCGACAAUCUUACCACCUCCACACCGUCAUCCGACAUGUCCAAAGCAGAAGCUGACAAGACGGUGGUGAAAGGGAUUGCACACAAGUAUGAAGGAGCCGUGAAGCACGCGCUGGGAGGAUUGACUCGCAAACCAUCGUUGAAGGAAAGUGGCGAGCAGGAGAGAAACGAGGCCAUGGAUCAGAUCCAAGCAGCCAAGGAGGCGCGGGUGCGACUGACACAACACACCAACCCACUGCACCAGAAUACCAUGCACGAGAGCGAGAAAUCCGGCAUUCCCGACGCGGAAAACGUCAUCCAGCACGAAGUCGAUGAACAUCCUAAUAACCCUGUCAACGAGUACAUGGACCGCAACCCUCGCGCCACAGACCAACCCACACCCGAUCACCAGGAACCCGAGGGCCAGCGAGACAGUCACUUACAAAGACAAAUGGACAAACGCGAAAACCCUGUGCUCGACCCUUCCAUUGUCCGCAGUCAGCAAAAGGACGCAGAAUGA